CAUGACUGCUGAAUGGUGAGUUCGUAAGUCGGUGAAGCCAAGAAGGGGCUCAGACUCAAUACUCAAUCGUCAUCGUCUCCGACUCACCCCCACCCCACUCGCGACCAUGUCAUGGCUCGCUAGAUCCAUCGCCAAUUCGCUCAAGCUCGACGACGUCGACGACGACGAAGAAUCCGAUCGGAGCCCUCGCGCUCCCAGCCCCGAUCCCUCUCCGCCACCGAAAUCGGCUAUCGAGCCGUCGGAUUCGCCGCCGCCACCGCCGCCGCCCAAUGAGUCCCCUAGAGGCGUCAAAGAAGACCUCUCGGAGCUCAAGAAAACCCUAACUCGGCAACUCUGGGGCGUCGCCUCCUUCCUCGCGCCUCCGCCGGAUCCUUCCCCGUCUCCUCCGGUACGGCAUAUUGGAGAUCCCGAUCCGAACUCUCAGCCGCCGCAGCCUCCCGGUAGACCGGCUCCGUCUCAGGAGCCGUCCGAUCGGGAGGAUCCCGACGAUGAGGAGCUGAUCGCCGGGAUACGAAGCGAUUUCGCGGAGAUUAGCGGCAAGUUCAGGAGUGGGAUCUCCAAAUUGUCGAACAACAAGACCGUGUGGGAGUUCACUAAGAUCGCUUCCAAUUUUCUGCAGCUCGGGCCGGAGGGGGAUUCGGUGGAUGAGGAUUUGGUUGGAAAUGCAGUUGGAGUGACGGAGGAGGUCUUGGCGUUCGCGAAGAACAUCGCAAUGCAUCCUGAGACCUGGCUUGAUUUUCCUCUACCAGAUAAUGAAGAUGGUUAUUCUGAUGAAUUUGAACUGUCUGAUGCGCAAGAAGAGCAUGCUUUAGCUAUUGAACGGCUUGCACCAAGAUUAGCUGCUCUCAGGAUGGAACUCUGCUCAGAAUACAUGAGCGAUGGUUGUUUCUGGAAGAUUUACUUUGUUCUUAUUCAUCCCAGACUCAACAAACAAGAAGCUGAACUACUUUCAACACCACAAAUAGUGGAAGCAAGAGCGAUGCUGAUGCAGGAAUUACAGAACCGGGGCAAGGCUGAAGUUGAAUCGUCUGGAAGGGAUUUAAGAACAGACUCGGCGGAUUCAUCUCAUGAAGAACAUUUAUCCAUACCUUCAAGUGCUCAAUCUGAAUCUGCACCUUCUCAAGUAUCUGUUGCUGGAGCAGCUGAACUCGCAGUCGUGGCUAUCACUGAGACGGAGAAACAUCCAUUGGAGACCACUGAAAUGCAAAUUAUUGAUAAACCAGUUGUCGAAGAAAAAAUAAUCGAUCAGGAAGAGUAUCAGCAUUCGCAUUCUGGAUCCUCUUCGAGGGUCUUGGACGAUAAGUCUGAAGAUGCUGAUGAUUGGUUGAAAGAGGAGGAGACUUUGGAAGGAGCUGAUGUCAGAGGAACCACUAUCCAUAUAGAGAAUGACGAGGAUGUGUCGUUUAGUGAUCUUGAGGAUGACGAUGGAGACAUGCCCACAGCUUACAAGAAAGUUGCCUACGGAUCUGAUUCUUCCACAAAAGAUUCGAGAGACUGGGUUCAGCUAGGUGGAAGUUCUGAUGACUCUAGCAAAGAGGUGAAUCCUGGUGGUAAAAAAGGUGCUAAAUCCGAGAAGGUGACUGAUCGUGAUCUGGAGAUUAAGGAAUCAAAUGAUUGGCUCAAUGUUGAUGACAUCGACGAGAUAUAUGGAGCUGAUAUGACGUUCAGGUGAAGCUUAAUUGGCCUGAACGUCAACAAACAAAACAAAAGGAAGAGGGAAAAAAAAUACGCUGAAGUUGCGAGGCAGCCGCUCGAAUCGUGUCCUCCUUUGACCCAUCCUAAGUUUUAUAGAGAUCUCUUGAAUCUGACUGGUAACUCGUUUGCUAUCGUAUAUUCGUGUCGGUUAUUAUUGUCGUUUC